CAUAAAUAGGAUGCUGUGGCUAACAUUUGACGUGAGGUAACGAUCAUAAGGGCAAGGGUAAAGUUUCUACGUAAAUAUAUCAUCCCCGUCUUGAUGUCAGCAACACCACCACCACCGCCCUUGCCACCCUUGCCAUCGAACCUGCUACCGACCCCACCACCACCCGUGCCACCCCUUCCAAUAGAAUAUCUAAGGGAUCGAUCCAAGUCACCUUUACCUGCACCUCGUCCACAUCAUCCAUAUAACAUGGUUAGAUUGGACAAUGCCGUGUCUACUUAUGGUUCUCCUCAAAACUUCCAUCAACCUCCAUCUAACCCAGGCUUUGCUCCACUUAGAACUUCACCUCCCCGGAACAUUGUAAACACAACUGGCUUUUCUCCACCACAACCUCCAAUGCCACCUCCUUCACGUGCUCAAAGUCAGAGCGCCAUUCCCAGUCUCACAGCCCCUAUCCCAACCUCACAAUCUCUCUCUAUCGCACUCCCUACAAUACAACAGCCUGCUCAUGAUCCUGCUCUCAAACUCGCUUGGGCCCGUGACGUCCUUCUCCUCGUAGAUCGCACUCAGUAUCCUAGCGUAACUGACAUCCCACCGGGUCCAGUCACGAUCACUGAUCCACAACUACAACGUCUCCUCGCAACAGCAAUCCCUCUUAUACAACACCUUGCGAACGUAAAUCAUCAGCCACUUCCUCUGUUCGCAGCUGAAGCAAUCUACCUUCGUGCUACCCUCGAAUCAAGCGGCGCCUACCCAGAUCGCAUCCCACACAAUCCCCGUCAGGCAUUCCGCGAUUUCGAAGCUGCUGCACGUGCAGGGUACGCCGCUGCAUGGUUCCGUUUAGGACGCGAUUACGAAAACUUUAACGAUGCAGUCCAUGCCAAGGACUGUUUCGAACGAGGCGCAAAGUUGAGCGUCGAGAGUUGUGUUUAUCGCAUGGGAAUGGCACAUCUACUGGGUCAGCUAGGUCUCCCUCCAAACCCUGCUGCUGCCCUCCCGUUUUUGCAGCGUGCAGCUACACUCGCAAGUACAACCACUCCUCAACCUGCGUAUGUCUACGCACUUCUUCUCCUCGGCGAAUUCUCCGCUGCUUCGUUGCCUGCUUCUCUCCUACCCCAACCACCCAUCGUUCAAUCAGAGGCUCGCCGCCACCUCGAGCGCGCAGCCUACCUUGGUUUCGCACCAGCACAAUACAAGCUUGGCCAUGCUUACGAAUUCGCCAGUCCCCCCUUCCCCUUUGACGCAUUGCUCAGUGUCCAGUAUUACUCCCUCGCUAGUCAGCAGGGCGAGGUCGAAGCAGACAUGGCUCUCAGCAAGUGGUUCUUGUGCGGUGCAGAAGGCGCAUUUGACAAGGACGAAAGUCUCGCCUUCACCUUUGCCGAAAAAGCUGCCAAGCGUGGCUUACCAAGUGCUGAAUUCGCAAUGGGGUAUUAUAAAGAGGUCGGUGUCGGCGGUGAAAAGGAUAUCCAGGAAUCGAUGAAGUGGUACUCCCUUGCUGCUGAACAUGGAAACACAGAUGCUGUAGAACGUAUCACAGCCCUCAACCAAGUCAUCCCACAAGCCCUUUCACGACAAGAACACGACACUAUCACCGAAACCCAGCUCGUACGCAAGCGUACUCAGGCACGGGAGCGAACAAGUACACAGCCACGCAUGAGCGCUGAAGAUGGAAGACAAGUGAUGGAAAUGGCCAGAAAGAGCUCCAUCGUACGACAGCAAUCUCCUCCGCAGGCGCCUGCGCACAUAACAUCACUUGUUGAGAGCUCAUCGCCUUCCGCUGUACCCCAGCAACUACCUCCACAACAGCAACAACAGCCACAGAGGCAGUUUGUGGGUCAACAUCGGUACACGCUUGUUGACCCUGGAUCUGGUGCGCCGCCGUCUCGUCAACAGUCACCGUCACGGCAACCGCAGCCGCAGCCGCAGCCACAACCACAACCACAGCCACAGCCUACGUAUGCAAGAGCCGCUGGGAGACCGCCUGGUCAGAGGCAGGGGUCGGGGCCGCCACAGGGGCAGUCACCGCAGGGGCAGUCACCACAGGCUCAGGUCACACCGGGCGAUAGAGCUCCUACUCCUCAAGGGGCUACACGUCCCCCAGGUCCAAAACCUCCCACAACAUUUGCAGAGAUGGGAAUUCAAGGUGUAAAAUUGGAGGAAAAGGAGUGUGUGAUUAUGUAGGUGCAUCUAUGAAUGCAUACCAUUUUUGUCGUUUUUUUCGAACUCUUUCUUUCUUUCUGGCGAUGUUUCAUUUGUAAGUCUUACGUAGAAUUGCACGGAUGUAAUGGCUAGAUGUCAUGUUUUCGUUUAUACAUGGUGUAAUGCUAUCAUGGGCUUUACUAUAA